ACUGAGGGCUGUGAAGGGAAUCUGGAGGUUUUCUACAAUGGAUCCUGGGGUAAUGUGUGCUGGAACCAGAUGGACAGAGACACAGCGAGUCUGAUCUGUCAAGAGCUGAACUGUGGAAGAUCUGGUGUUUUGUCUGAAUCUGCAGCAAGAGUGAAAUCAGCUCCUAACUGGUUGGAUAAAGUGAAGUGUCGACCACAUGAUUCAUAUCUGUGGCAGUGUCCAUCUUCACCCUGGGGACAGAAUGACUGUAAUAGUAAGGAUGAAGUGGCCAAAAUUACCUGCUCAAAGGAUCAGAUUAGUGAGUCACCUCAGAGUUUUCUGACAUGUUCUACCUCACCAUCUCCAUACAAGAGACAGUGUUCAAAUCAUGUUCCUCUCAGACUGAUUGGAGGGGACGGCCGGUGCUCUGGGAGGCUGGGUGUUGUGUGGCUGAAUAGAGUCGAGUGCAGAGGGAAUGAGAUUCACCUGUGGGACUGUCCUCUCUCCCUGAAAAACAACACUGACGGUUUCCGCAAAGAGCACGCUGGACUCACCUGUGCAGAUGUGUCAGUGUCCACUACUCCUGCCACAACAUCAUCAGUUUCUCCUUCAGUGCACUCAACAUCAGUCUCUCCUCCACAAACUCCUCCAUCAGUGUCUCUCUCAGUGCUUGUGAUUCUUCUGGGAGUUGUGCUCUUAGUGCCACUGCUUAUACUGAUUCAGCAGAACAGAGUGAUGAGGAGAGCUCUCCCUAAGAGGAGACACAGGACGAUGUCUGAGACCGUUUAUGAGGAGAUUCAGCACAGACACAAUCACUUCACUCAGAGGGGGAGUCUCAUCUCUGAAGAACUGCAUUCUGGGUAUGAAGAUGCUGAUGAGCUUCUCUCAGCAAAAGAGUUCAAUACUGCAUAUUACGAUGAUGUCACCAAUGGCAGUGGCCUAAAAGAUGAGAUGAUGAAGGAAAUCACACCGGGAUACUAUGAUGAUGUCAUCACUGAUGGACUGAAACCAGAUCGUGAGACAGGAAGUCUCAUCUCUGAAGCACUGCAUUCUGGGUAUGAAGAUGCUGAUGAGCUUAUCUCAGAAGAGAUGAAGCAAAUCACACCGGGAUACUAUGAUGAUGUCAUCACUGAUGGACUGAAACCAGAUCGUGAGACAGAGGGAUAUCAGGAGGAGUAUGAUGAUGUGAAGAACAGCAAUGAAGAUGGGAGAAACCGGUUAGGAAGUCUCAUCUCUGAAGCACUGCAUUCUGGGUAUGAAGAUGCUGAUGAGCUUAUCUCAGAAGAGAUGAAGCAAAUCACACCGGGAUACUAUGAUGAUGUCAUCACUGAUGGACUGAAACCAGAUCGUGAGACAGAGGACAGACAUGAAAGCUAUGAUGACGUCAUGACGAGUGAACAGAACUCUGAUAUUAAAAAAGAGGGUGAUCCGGAGUAUGAUGAUGUGAAGAACAGCAAUGAAGAUGAGAGAAACCGGUUAGACUAUGAUGAUGUGGGGGAGGAGUCACACAAAGGAGGAGGGGCUAUAUGACUCAAUGGCUGCGCCCUCUCCCAUUGUCAUUAAAUCAUGUUACAGUUACUGUAGCUGCUUGGGGUUUCUCAUAUUGCUACUAAUGCAUCAAUGCCUUAUGUGUUUAUGUCAUUUUAAAUAUUUUAGUAUGAAAAGUUAAAUAUUUGUAUUUUAGCAUUUGGUCUAUUAUUACUAUUUUGGUAUCAAUGCUUUUCACCCUAAUAAACAAAUUAUAUCAUUCAAACAUCAUGUCACAAAAAUACUUUUAAAAGAGUGGUUAAAGAAUAGAAGAAAUUUAUGCUAUGAAUGUUUAAGAAAGUAUUUUUAU